AUGGCGGCCUACAUCCCCCCGUCCUUUGGUCAACCAGGCGUAAGUAUCUCCUACCGACCCAAGCAGCUUGCCCCCACCUCCUCUAGCCCAACCGCCGGCGUGCCGAUCAUCACCGUCGCCGUACCACCCGCGUCGAUCCACCACAUCUUUGCGCACCGUCAAUGGCGAGCAGGCAUGCUCAUGAGCGACGCCCUCUUCUCGUCCGCUUUCCCCGUUGCCGAUCGCGCCAUCCUCGAACUUGGCGCUGGCACCGGUCUGCCGUGCAUCACCGCCGCCCUCGUGGGCACCGCCAAGGUGGUGGUUGCGAGCGACUAUGACGAGCCUCUGCUCAUCAAGGAGCUUCGUGACAAUGUCAGACGCAACCUGCCGGAGGAAGAGCAGAGGAGGAGGUGCAAGGUCACCGGACACAUCUGGGGGAAGGACACGGAGGAGCUGCUGGAUUGCCUGCCAAGAGGGACAGACAGGUUCGAUUCGAUUCUUCUGGCAGAUUGCCUGUGGGACCCGCUCAGUCAUGCGGAUCUGCUCAAGACGGUGGUCAAGGUGCUGGCACGGGAGAAGGGCGCAAGGGUCAAUGUGAUUGCGGGGCUGCAUACAGGUCGGGAGAAGGUGACUUCUUUCAUUCGAAGGGCGUACCGCGCCGGACUGAGGUUGGCGCCUGUGGAGCGACCUGAUGUCUGGCCAUCACUGUCGGAAGAGGCGGCGGCGAUGGAAGACCCAGAUGUGGGAAGAGCAGGCAACGAAGCGUUCGCUCACGCCAGCGAUCGCAUCCUCGAGCUCGAAGUCUGCGGCAACACUCCCGUCCAGCAGUCGACCACAGACGCAGCGGACACCGGUGGGCACGACACCGUCGAAGGCACAUCGAGUGAUGAGGACGAGCCAAGACUCACAGGCAACAGGCGGAAGUUCCUCGUCGAAGGCUACGGAGAGGAGACCGAGGGCGACGUCAAGCUCCGCAAUCGCUGGUUGACAGUGUGGAGCUUGGAAUGGGCUGCGGCCUGA